AGGAUGGGUCUCAACAUGGCGGCUGCCAGAGAGGAGGAGAGUCCCGGAGGCCCGGAGUCGUCUUUUUCCCCCCACCGUCACGCCACCAGGCCUCCCCACAGCCCCACACUACCCUGGGACAGGUUCUCCAACUGGCUGCACUGUAUCUGUGUAGUCACGUUCGAUUUAGAGCUCGGGCAGGCCAUGGAGCUGGUUUACCCGGGCCACAUCAAGUUGUCUGAGAAAGAGAAAAUGAACAUUUGUUACCUGUCAUUUCCCGACUCCAACUCUGGCUGUAUGGGAGACACACAGUUCUGUUUCCGGAUACGUCAGAGUCCUGGUCGGAAGGCACCGUCACACACAGACACACACUGGGAGAGGGAAGCACCAGUCUACUUACAUCGGGACCAUGCACAUUACUAUGGUUAUGUGUACUUCCGUCAAGUUAAGGACAAGUCUUCAAGGAGAGGAUACUUCCAGAAGUCGCUAGUGCUAAUCACUCGACUUCCCUUCAACAACCUCUUCAACUUCCUGGCUGAGGUGGUGGCUCCGGAGUACUUUGACAAUGGAGAACCGUGUUUGGAGGCAGCCUGUCAUGACAUAGACCAGUGGCCCUCCCCACAGCCUGGGGAAACCCUGUCACUGCCUAUGAUGGGGAUGGUCAUUCAGGUGCGAAUCCCGUCCAAACAGGACAAGUUAGCGACGACUCCUGUCCAGGUUAUCCACCAACAGUCUACUUCUCCAAUACCUGCUCCAUACGUGCUGCCUUCGCUACAUGAAGUAGAUAUUUUCAAGUGUCUCCACCCUGUACUACCACAUGUACAGAUGUUAUGGGAACUUGUUCUCACAACAGAGCCCAUAAUUGUGAUGGCACCUUCUCCAACUGUGUGUUCUGAAACAGUUUUGGCACUUACUAGUAUGAUCUCCCCACUGAGCUUCUGUUCAGACUUCCGCCCUUACUUCACCAUCCAUGACAGCGAGUUUAAGGAGUACACCACUAAAACACAGGCUCCCCCUCCGGUGGUACUGGGAGUCACCAACCCUUUUUUUGCCAAGACGCUGCAGCACUGGCCACAUAUCAUUAGAAUAGGGGAGAUGGGGAACAUAGUUGCCGGUGGGAGACAGGUGCUCAAGACAAAGAAAAGUAGCUCUCUGAAGACAAUAGAUGCCAAACCAGGUGUAUAUACUACCUACAAGCCCUUCCUGAACAAGGACAAAAACAUCCUAAAAAGACUGCAAAAGGGUAUUGCCAGUAGAAGACCCAAUGAAGUGCAAACUGCCAUGUUGAAGAGGUAUCUUCUGGAGCUAACUCAGAGCUUCAUGAUCCCACUGGAGCGGUAUGUGGCCAGUCUCAUGCCUCUGCAGAGAAACGUGUCACCAUGGAAGCAAGCUCCACGGUUAAAACCUUUUGAGCCUGAGGAGUUUCUGAAGACUGUGGAGCACUCUGGACCGCAGCUGACGUCAGGGCUAAGAGGGGACUGGGAAGGGCUGUACAGACGUUUUUUCCGAUCGUCCAAUUUCGAGGGCUGGCUGCGUGCGCGGCAGCAGGAAGUUGACGACAAGCUGCAGGCUCUGCACCUGGAGGCCCUGUGUGAUGCAGAUCUCAGUCUGUGGAUCCAGGGUCGUCCUGAGGUGGAGGUCGUUGACCUGGUGCUCAAACUCAGGGAGAAAAUGAAGUUUGCAGCCUCCAACAGGGUGUGUGUGAAGGAGGAGGUUCUACAGCGACUCACACUGCACCUGGACGGAAUCAUCCGCGCCCUGCCUGAGGACCUGCGCUCCAUCCUCAAGUCGUCCUAACAACAACUAUCAUCCUCAUCUCAAGUCAUCCUAACAACAACUACAUCCUCACCCUGCCUGAGGACCUGCGCUCCAUCCUCAAGUCAUCCUAACAACAACUAUCAUCCUCAUCCUCAAGUCAUCCUAACAACAACUACAUCCUCACCCUGCCUGAGGACCUGCGCUCCAUCCUCAAGUCGUCCUAACAACAACACAUCCCCAGCAACCACAUCUAAACACCUUGUUUUUUAAUUGUACAGAACUUAAAAACGAUUUUAACUGAAUGCACAUGUUCAUGUACAAAAUGUAUGUAAUUGUCACUGGAGAAUUCUUCUCUAUAUGUUAAGAAAUACAACAAAAAGUCACCACAUUAUAAUUAGAAACUGUUGGAUUGUAUUUCGUUUGUGAGCAUCCUAUUUGUAGUCAUUAAAUACAUGUAAACACUGUUAUUAGUAUGACUUGAUUGGGACAUCAACUGUUGGUCAAGAAGCUACUCAUCUCUGUCAGGAAUGUAAAUCAACUCUUCUUAAGGUACAUGUAUCUAAUACAAUUUUAGGCCAGCAAACUGGAUAUAUUCUGAAUAAGGCAAUCUGUAUGAUAUUGACACAUACUGCCUCACAUUAGCAUCAGUAUUUCAUACAUUGGGCAUUUAAAACAGCACAGAAACAAGCCCAAGAUGAGUCCUUUAUUUUGCUGGGUGAUACCAAAAAAAUCAGGAUAAUACCAAUAACCAUUUUCUGUCACAGUUGGGAUACUGUUUUUCAACUUAGUUUGUAGAUAAGUGAGUGGAAUAUUGACUUUUAAGAAUACCUUUGAAGAAUAAAAUUGUAUAUCUAGUUUCAGGUAUCGUUGGAUAACAACAUGUGCCUCUAACCUCCACAUUUCAAAGCUAUGUACAUGUAUGAGAGAUCUCCUUGUGAAAUAACUUAAAAGCUUCCAAAAAUCGGGUUAAACAGUUUCUUUCUUGACAUUGAAAAAUACAUAUUGCUGUUUCAUGAUAUCUGAAUUCACUUUUGUAUCAAAUUUACUUAUUCACAGUUUUCAAAUUCCAAUGAUCUUGCCUCAUGUACAUGUGUAUGAAACCAGUUUUCCUACUGUACAUUUUAUGUUCACGAAGGUGCAUGUUACAUGUAUAUAAAGAAGUGACUGUUAAUGUAAUGGCUUUCAAACACAUCACUAAAAUGUACGAUCCUGCAUGUAACUGGUUUAUUGAUUGAUGUCUAGUAACAAAACAAAUUGUAUUUUGUAAUUUUGGUAGAAAUGGUCAAAAUCUCAUGUCAGCAAGGUGAGUUAACAAUUAUUUUACAUUUCCAGACUUUUUAGUUAAUGUAUGAUAUGUACAUAUAAUAUGAUAUGCCAUAUGUGGUCAAAAGGUUGCCAAGGAAGAGUCAAGGAAGGGACCAAACUGGUUACCUGUCAGUGCAGUACUUUAAUUGUAACACUGUUCACAGUACAUAUAUCAUCUCUUUCAAACUUCCACUUUCAGCUCAAUAUAUGUCAUUUUGAAAAGUAUUCAACAUACAUUGUAAGUAACCCUUUCAACUUUUGAAGAGGUGCCCCUUUCAUUUUCAAUGGUAAAAUGUAAAAAUUGAUUUUAGAAAGCUCAUUUUAAUUUAAAAAAUGAUGACUUGGUUUUGGUAACGUCAUUUGUGCUUAGCUGCCCAGGUGGCCUGUAUGGAACACUCCAACUUGUUAACACUGAAGCUGACAAUAUUGGAUGUUUUGUUUUAUGUGUUUGAGACGUACAUGUAAGCGGGGUCAUCUUGAGACAUCUUUGAUUGUUGCUGGAACAAAAUGUGAGAAAGUUUUAAAUGAAGUGUGGUUGUUACGUACAUGUACAUGUAUGUCUCAGUGUUUGCAAGCCUGAUGCUGGUGCAUGUAUUAGCGCUAAGGUCUCCACUGCAAUGGUUUUAAUUUUCGUUUCAGAACUGACUUCGCAGUGAUGUGCUAGUUGCACAUUGGGAUUGUUACUCAAGCAAGUGGAUAGAUUUUAAAAACUGUCAGACGCUUCAAGUAGCAUCCACUACUUUUCGCCAGUGUCUAUCCAGUUGCUUGAGUAACAGUUCCCUGGUAUAUCUCAUUAUUGGGCUGUCUAGUUGAUGUGUAAGCGGGAUCAGAGUUAACUUUAAUGUUUUUUAUUUUGUUAUAUGAUCAGUAAUGCUGGAGAAACAUUAAUAUUUAAAAAAUAGUACAAUAUAUAACCAGUGUUAUGGCUAUUAGUAGUCCAAAAGGGCACUAACAAAAUCUGUUGCCUCAAUUGUUUUACAUCACUGAGACAUUAUUUGACUUCAUUCCAGCAAUCACCUCAUCCCACCAGUUUAUGUCACCGUCCCUGUAUCUUCUUAGGGUACUGAA